AUGAAUGAUAAUCAAACAAAGUUCGAGACCAGUAGGCGACAAAAACAUCAUGUUUACAUUGGACAACUUCAGUCUCCUGUAAACAUUGAGACAAAGAAAGUGAAGAAGAAAAGCUAUCCUGACCUCAAUAUUAGUUUUGACAACCCAUGUGGCCUGGUGACGGGAGAGCUUGUCAAUGGUGGCCAUUCUCCUACCUUUAACAUCGAUACCUCAAAGGGGAGCGCUAAACUCAGUGGAGGUCCCUUGGAGCGGGACGAGUAUGCUCUUCAACAAUUUCAUUUUUAUUUUGGAUGCGAAAACAGUCGAGUAUCGGAGCACUUGAUCGACAACCAGACUUUCCCAGCUCAGCUUCAUUUGGUUUUCUAUAACAAAAAGUACAACUCCUUCAAGGACGCAGUGGAUAAACCGGACGGCUUAGCAGUUCUGGGAAUCCUUCUCACGGCGACAUGCCCAGGGAACAGGGUUCUUGGAAAGUUUGCAAACAAACUGAAAAAAGUGAUUGACGAAGGCGCCAGCACUAAUGUGACCACCGCCUACGGCAUUCGUCUAAACUACCUCAUGCCGUACAAUAACAAACAAGUUGACGAGGAGGAAGAUGAAGACGAAACCGAUGACAAUGACGUCGCUAACAGCGAAGUAGAUGACGAUGAAGACGGAAAAAAGAAAAUACGUUACUACACUUACAAAGGUUCCCUUACCACUCAUCCCUGCUAUGAAUCUGUCACCUGGAUCGUUUUCAACGACAAAGUCAAGAUUUCGAACACUCAGGUUAGUUGCGGGUAA